UGACUUUUGAAGCUUGCUACAGUAAUAUGUAGUAUAUUUUCGAUUUCAAAUCAUAUUUGUAUUUAUGUUCCAGGUUAAUGUUUGCUUAAGAAAAUAUCAAAUUUAUUCAUUAAAAUUCAAUAACACCAUCAACAAUCACAAACCUGCCAUAGUUUCGGUUGAACAAGCUAAAUCAGAGUAGACACGUGUUAUUUGUACACAAAAAAUAUGUAAUUAUCAAAUAAUUCUUGUACAAAAUAUAUUUUUACACUGUUUUAUGAUUUUAAUUUCUGAAUAAAUCCCAUAUAUUCAAAAACUUAGACAAAACAUGAUUUGCAAAAUGUUUAGCGGUUUGCAACCUUCUACAAAGUUUUUUUUUGUCUUAUUCUGCACAUUUUGAUGAGUAAAAGACACAUGAAACAUAUCAUUUGACAAGUUUCCUGGACUGUUAUUUAAAAGUUUCCAAUAAAUAAUAAAGGAAUUUAAAACCAAAAACAAUAAAAUAGAGAUAUCUCAGGAAUUUCCCGAUGAAACAUUUCGCUCUUAGAAGCAUUGGAAAGCUGAGAAAAUUUCCUAUAAGACACAUUUGAAAGUAGCGAUGACUAUUUUUUCCUGAUAAGGUUGUUCUAGAAAACACGCCGUGCAGUGUGUGUGCUCGUUGGUGGAGCUGCAGCCAGCAGAGCCUGCUUCGUGGUGUAAUCGCGAUUUUUGUUGGGCUUCUUCUUCUGGUCUGGUCCGGUUUAAGGCCGUUGUCGUAUCAGCGGGCGCACAGUUUCUUCUGUUGUCGUCGGUAACGGUGCUUUUUGCAACGAUUUGAACUAGACGCGGCGCGUGGUUCUGUGUAGCGCUCCGGAUUCGGAACUCGCGCUGAUCUCCAGCAGCUAUUGUUGAUGUACUUCGGAGGAGUACUUCGCGCGAGUGUGUCCUAAAUUGAGCCCGUUUACAUAACAAAAAAUAUUAAUCCAACCGUAGUGCCUGCUUCAGUGUGUGAGUUUGGUCGUUGUGGUCAACGGGUGUAGGACCCGCAAGAAAGGUACAACAACACUACCACAACUUUGGCUAAGCCGCGCUGAUUCAGCGUAGCAGCGCAGAAGUGCACAUCUCGGAAACACCGCAGGAGAUGUGUGUCAGUCUCAACGAGAAGGUUAGCCGUUGAUUCAGAAAAGUGCAACUCUGUGUGUGGCUGUGUGCGUUACGAGGGGGGCUAUGCCGCGAUGAUCUGCGAAAUGUGUAGAAUUCGGUGAUCUACUUUUCCUGUGCGUGCUCAAGAGUGGCUUGCCAAAACGACGCCGAUCAAGGCAAAGUAGAAGAAGCUGUUCAGUGUUGCACCAUAAAUCUCGCGAGUGAAUCACGGCGACGGUGUGUAAACAGCCAAGAAUACGACGUCGACACAAAGGUCAUUGAGCGUGAAUGUUUCUAUUUCUUGGUACGCAGCGACGACCAGCAAGUCUGAAGAUCUGUGUUGUGUGUAGAUGUUAACCGAUGACGGCUGAGCAAGUUAAAGGGGUGUAAAUUAGCGAGAGAAAAAAAAAUACGCGAGGCAAACGAAGAAGACGACGACGGCGCCUAUCAUCCUGAGCUACUUUAGGUGCAAGGUGAAGGAGCUGAGGCGCACGAGAGAUUAGAAGGAGGAGGUCCGCGGAGGAAGAGUUUUGAUUGGUGACACCCUGAUGGAAUAACAACUAUGACAUGGGAUCCUGUUCGAGACGACAUUUUUUGUUGUCAAUAUGCUUUCUGCAGUUGUUAUUCAUCAUCGAACGUCAGGUGUUCGACUUCCUCGGCUACAUGUGGGCACCGAUCCUGGUGAACUUUUUCCAUAUAAUAUUUGUGAUAUUUGGAUUCUUUGGUGCCUAUCAAUAUCGUCCAAAGUAUUUAGUAACGUACUCACUAUGGAAUCUGUUAUGGAUAGGAUGGAACGUAUUCCUAAUAUGUUUUUAUUUAAAUGUAGGACUGUUAGAUAGGGAUAGCGACUUAUUAAAUUUAGGAACCGGCAGCGUGUCAUGGUUCGAGGUCAACGGGUACGGCUGCAAGCCGACUUACCCGAUGAACAUCACCUCGGAGGACCCGUACCGGCCGGUGCGGCCCGAGCGCGUCGACGGGUGCCUGCUGGACUACCACAUACUGGAGAUUGGCCACUCCGGUGUGCAAUGCGCGCUAGCGCUUUUCGGGCUCUUCGGUGCCAUCUGUCUGGGGCAUACGUAUCUGGACGAGGACGAUAGCUUCGACUUUAUGGGAGGUGACGCGAAAAGCCCCCAGCACACGGCCGUGCAUCCGAUGUACGUGAGCUAUACAAGUUUGCCAACCACCACGAAUAGCGCCACCUCGACGCAGCUUAAGCAAGCGAAAGCUGCGGCGGCUUUGGCUGCCGUCACAACCACUGACACCGUCAUAACCGCCAACAACCACCACCUCCAUAACAAUAGUAGCUCGACCCAUUGCCUCAGUAACAGCUGCAACAACAGCAUCAACAACAACAACAAUUCUAGCGCUACUAAGCUCGGUGGUGUGAUCAAGUCGAUUAACGGUCACAACGGUGGCAAGGCUUCAUCCUCAAACACUAACACACUACUGUCCGUGUCAUCCACUUCAUCUCCGUCAUCGACGUUUACGCACUGUAACGGAAGCGGUGGUAGAGGUGGUCAGAACCACGAAACGCACGUUCCGUUGCACCAGCAGCCGUUGCCGCGACCUCUGAGUCGGAAUUCUAGCUUUAGCAACAACAAGACCCGCGGACAGCUGCGGAAGAACAGCGCCAGCGCGAGCAGUGCCAGCAUCCGGUACCAGGACGUGAUACAGCAGGGCGACCACCAGCAGGUGAUCCGCAACAACGAGGACGAUACGUUCUUCAUUCCGAAGAGUGCCUCCUGUCGGAACAACUUUGGCAUCAGCAAUCCGUUCAACAACGUAAUCAUUUCCGGCGGUCGGUACUACACGCGUAGUGGCGACACUGACAGCGUAACGCGCUUCGACGUGGACGACAGCGACAGCAGUCGACUGAUUACGGGCUCUUCGCAGCAACUGGCCGUGUCGACACCGCUCAAACGAAAUCCUUCGGUGACGUCCACCGGCAGCGGUGGCCCAGACUACCCUGCCCCACCCCGGAUAGCCAUGAGGCCACUACCCACACCACCACCAGUGCCACCCUUGCCCACAUUCCAUCCCCACCACCAACAACAAACGCCGCCCCAGCUGGACAGCCCCGGCGACACCUACCGAUUGCCAUACCAGUACGUUACCCGAUCUCCAAACCUAAACCGCAUCGCGCGACGAAACAACGCCAACCUUAUCAACAACAACAGCAACUCUGCCACCACAAGCAACUCCUCCUCGUCCUCCUCGAACCGACCCCGGGUCAUGAGCCCGCAGUACUGUGACCAAAUCCGAGGAGGCGGCGCCGCCGCGAUAGACGCCUCAGCCGGUCCCCCCGGCUAUCCGGGCCACGAAAACAACAACUACCCGGUGGCGUCGCCACCGCUGGCGAUGAUGCACCGAGCCAAGUCGCAGGAUCGACUGGCGCACCGCAGCCGGAGGCCACGGGGACAGUUUGGAGGGGCGAUUGGGCAUCACGGUCACGGUCAGCAGCAGCGGCCGCGCUCGUUCUGCAGCAAUAACGGAUCCUAUCUGGACUACAAUGUGAUCCUGGAGCAUCCGGGGAAUUAGGGAUAAAGCACGCGACACUCUCUAUGUUAAGAUUUUGUACUGUACUGUUAUGAGCUAUUUUUUUUAUUGUUCUGGAUACACGCAGCUUCUCUCUUGGUUAUGUUGGAUAAUGUGCUCGUUGAAAUUUGAAAAAGUGUGGUCGCCAAGUUACCUACUUGUAAAGGGACGUUUGGAUGAAAUUUAUAAGAGGACAUUGUUUGUAACAUGCGCAUCAAACAAAAAUAAAAAAAGUUACAUCAAAUGUUUUGGGGCCACAAUGUUUAAUUUCAAUCAAAUCACGUUAAAAAUACCUUUUUAUCAUUUAAUACCCCAUUCGCAUGGGCGAGUUAUAACCGUUUUUAAAACCUCAACUGUCAAAGUUGUAAAAAUUAAAACCUUGUUUACAUUUUAAAACCGGCUAUAAGUAGCCCAGGCUUUUCAUAUGAUGGAGUUGUAUGGCACUCAUGAUAAACUUGCUUGAUUCGAAUCCCAAGUAGACGGGAGUAUCAUCUAGUAAUCCAAUCAUAAAAUUUACCUUUUUUGACAUUUGGGGUCAUCCAUUUGCCCACAGCAAAAUAUUCUAAAAUCAAAUCAAACCAUCCACAUUAACGACCCCCGGGUCUUUUGUGGUCUCUAUUGCAAGUUUCUGCUCGAACCUAGGAGUCCGAAGGCUUGAAUGGAGAGAGCACCCAAACCUCUUUCUACUCCAAGGAACCUUCCACCCUAGUGUUUGAACUGACGACCUUUGGAUUGCGAGUCCAACCGCCGCCAGCGAUUCCACCGGAGCAGGCUUGGUUUGGUGUGUUGUUUGUACUUAUGGCAUGGAGACGACUCCUACACCUGGAAUGACUUAACGGCCUAACAACCAAGGCCGGGACCGACAUUUUACUUCUCAUCCGAUGGAAGGUUGGAGCAGAUGGGAAUCGAACCCAGAAUCAUCCGCUUACAAAGCGGACAGCGUAACCAUUCGGCCACGCACUGCCACAAAAUAUUCUAGCAUUAUUCUAAAAAUGGUAAAUAUUAUGCUUGAUUGUUGUUAUUUCGAUAGGCUUUUCUUGGUAAAAUAACAGAUUCCUAUAAAUAUGAAAAAAAAUUGCCUUAUUUUCACAUUGAUCGCUAACUAAAAUUUUGAUCUCGCCAUCGAAAAACGAAGUUGACUUUAUAGCUGGCCAUCAUUGCUAGUACCAACCACUAGUGUCUUCCUUUUAACUACAAGGACUUCGCCGCCCUGGGCUUCUAAGUGUAUGAAAGUAUGGCACGGAGCGACGGCGCCGAAUACCCAUAUUUACACAAAGAAUUUUAGAGCGCCCGCCGCGGGAUUCGAACCAGCGACCUCUGGAUUGUGAGUCCAGUGCGCGGCCCGAUUGAUCCACACGGGCGGGACAUCUCGCCAUCGUGUUCCUCAGAAAAUCUUAGGAUUUCCAAUUUUGAUCAAUGUUUUAUUUUUAGUUCACGAGAUGUUAAAUUUUUAAUUUUCAUUUCAAUAAAGGACUGCGUCAAUAGAUUUUCCAUCGAGUUUUCUUAAAAAUAAGUCUUGGAUAAUAUACUACGAUUUGUGGUUCUAUAUUUAUUGUAGGUUAAAAAU